UCCUAAUCGUUUUAGUUCUCAGGAACUCCUAGUCUUCGGAAGAGCGCAUCACUUUGACAGGAAGUAAACGUGAUUUUCGUGAUUGAUGUCACGGUUAAUGGUGCAUCCGGGACCAACUACAGCACAAUGGAAGCCAGCAUAUUCCCUCAGUCUUCAGGGUAUCUACCAUAUUACCUCCUCCUGAUGAGCGUGCUCGCGCUGAUACAUAGCGUUGUUUGCUACAUGUCUCCUUUGAGCUCCAUGCGCCAGUUCUCAGGUCCUCGAGCUACUCCGCCGUCUCCGGUGCUGGCUCACGUCUACGGUAUGCACAACGUCUAUACGGGAGCCAUUCGAUUGCUGGCAGUCUACAACAUUAACAAUCGCGAAUUGUACUUGCUUGCAUGCCUGUCAUUCGCGGGUAACUUGUUCUUGAACGGAUCUGAAUUGUUGAUCUGGAGAACGUCCAGGCUGUACGAGGCCAGGUUCCCUCUUGUCACCGCUUCUUUGGGGUUUCUCUGGAUGGCCACCCAAAGCACGCAAUACCUGGCUUGAUAUCAGUAUGAGGUCAGCAGGGUCCUCCUGAGGUGGUCCUUACCACUUUGCCUGCUAGCGGGUUUAAGUGCCUUUGCUGCGUCAUUUAGCCAUGUGGAAAGGUCUGUUACAGCGGCUCGUGCCGCAACUGACAUACGGGUACGGAUCACAAGUCAUUCCAGAGCCUUAUGGCGAUGAUUCGCUUAGGACACGUUUUCUGCCCCUCUACUCGGUCCCAGAGAACGUCCUGGUCUGCAGGAUACGCCUUCCUGCACGAGGAGCAAGCUAUUGCCGCAGGUGGUUAUUUACGGACACCAUAGCGGCACGAAUGAAGUAAUCCUUUUGAGGAUUGUAUGACCCUCGCAUUAGUUGAGGCACCAUGAGAGCGCUCAAUAGACGGUGAGGGCCCGUCUAGACACGAGUUUUGGCACGGUGCAGUUACUCAUUGACAUUCUUCCAUCUCGACAUCCCAAUUAUCAAGACUAAUGACUCUUAACCU